AUGCCCACCUCAUCAAGCGUCGUGGCAGCUUUGGCGGUAGUGCCGCUCUUGCCCCUCGUAUUCGCCUUUCUUAUACGAUUAUCGCUCCACGUGCUCGGUUGGUACCUACAAAUACAGACCAGGGAUCGAAAGGCCGCGAUUAUCGAAAGGGUCAGGCGGGAGAUAGCAGCUCUAUCGGAACACCAGCCGCUGUCCCAGGAAGCCGAAGAUGGCUGGGAGAAGGUCGAAAAAGCAGGCACCGCUGAGAACGGAAGAGCUCUUGUUGAGGAUGAAUGGGGCGGAGUCGUUGGGUUCUUUCAUCCAUUCUGGCAAGUCCCUGUUUUCUCCAACGCUGGCGGCGGCGGCGAGAGAGUGUUAUGGGCCGCCAUAGCCGCAACUCAGCAACGAUGGCCCAAUGCCGUUUGUGCAGUGUACACCGGUGAUCACGAUGUUGACCGAGCGGUGGUGGUAGCGACGGUCAGAAGCCGGUUUGGAAUCACCCUCCAAGAGCAUUCCCUUGUCUUUCUAUACCUUUCGAAGCGUCGGUUCGUUCUCGCGAGUACUUAUCCUCACUUCACACUGCUGGGUCAGUCAUUGGGCUCGGUGGUCCUUGCUUAUGAUGCCUUUCAGCUGCUCGUGCCCGACAUCUUCAUCGAUACCAUGGGUUACGCAUUUGCAGUCGCUUUUUGCAAAUUCCUCUUCCCCAGCGUGCCUAACGCGGCAUAUGUGCACUAUCCGACAAUUUCCACCGACAUGCUGGAUAGUCUUGAGGACACGACAGGUCAGAAAGGGAUUCAUGCUGGUGCCGGGAAAGGGCUAAAGGGAAAGGGAAAAAAAUAUUAUUGGCGUGCCUUUGCAUGGCUCUACGGCUUUGUCGGGCGACAGAUCGAUGUGGUGAUGUGCAAUUCGACCUGGACCCAAGGCCACAUCCGACAGCUUUGGAAACCGAAAAGAGAGUCCUCCUCAUUUGCCGCUAUAGUUUAUCCGCCUUGUCCAGUGGAAGAGUUGGAAUCACGAAUCCCAUUAACAGAGGAGAGUGAGAAACAACGAGAAAAUAUCGUCCUUUACAUUGCCCAAUUUCGACCCGAGAAGAACCAUUUUUUGAUUCUCCGAUCCUUUGCUAAGUUCUACCAUGGGGCAAAGGAGAAACCUAGGCUGGUUCUCAUCGGAUCAGUUCGAAGCAAUACACCGGACGAGAAACACAUCUACAAACUCCGACUUGAGGCACGAGAGUUAAAGAUCACGGAUGCGACCACCUUCAUUUGCGAUGCCCCUUUCUCAGUAAUUCUUGAAUAUCUUAGAAGGUCGAGUAUUGGUACAAAUGGCAUGUACGCCGAGCAUUUCGGAAUCGGCAACGUGGAAGGACUGGCGGCAGGACUGAUCCCAGUGGUACACAACAGUGGCGGACCCAAGCUCGACAUUGUGGUUCCGUUCGAGGGUCAGCCCAUUGGCAUCCAUGCCGAGACGGAGGAUGAAUUUGCCGCUGCCUUUGCCCGCGUGACGGCCAUGAGCCCACAAGAACGAUAUGCAAUGAGAGUAAGAGGCCGCAAAAGCACCAAGAGAUUCUCAGAAGCAGUGUUUGAGGGGAAAUGGGUCGAGCAGAUGGAGAUGCUGGUGAGGCUGCAGAAGUUGCGGAGUGGACAUGGCAUCUAG